AUGUGCUCCUGUGGACAAAGCUGUAAGCAGUCUUGCUGUGCACCACCCCCCUGCUGCAAAUCUUCCUGUUGUGCACCCCCCUGUUGCAAAUCCUCCUGCUGUGCGCCACCUCCCUGCUGUAAGCAGUCUUGCUGCUGUUCACCACCUCCCUGCUGCAAAUCCUCAUGCUGUGCACCACCUCCCUGUUGCAAAUCCUCCUGCUGCUGUGCGCCACCUCCCUGCUGUAAGCAGUCUUGCUGCUGUUCACCACCUCCCUGCUGCAAAUCCUCAUGCUGCUGUGCACCACCUCCUUGCUGCAAAUCCUCAUGUUGUGCACCACCUCCUUGCUGUAAGCAGUCUUGCUGUGCACCACCUCCCUGCUGCAAAUCUUCAUGCUGUGCGCCACCUCCAUGCUGCAAAUCUUCCUGCUGUGCGCCACCACCCUGCUGUAAGCAAUCUUGCUGUGCACCACCUCCUUGCUGCAAAUCCUCCUGCUGUGCGCCGCCCCCCUGUUGCAAGCAAUCUUGCUGUUCACCACCUCCCUGCUGUGCGCCACCUCCCUGUUGCAAGCAAUCUUGCUGUUCACCACCUCCCUGCUGUGCACCACCUCCCUGUUGUAAGCAAUCUGCUGCUCACCACCUCCCUGCUGCUCCCCGCCACCAUGCUGCCAGUGCAAGAAAUGCUAAGGGUCCAUCUCAGGUACAAGGAAGUCUUGAAAUCUUUAACUGGAAUCCUAUCCUUCAACAUAGUAGUCAUGCCUGCUUUCCUACACAUCUGAAAUGCCUGAAUCUUCUCACCUGGCUCCUUCAACCAUAUCUUCAACUUUUCUUCAUGUUUUCCGUAAUCCAUGCCAGAACCGUCUUCCUUCAGCAAAGGAGCCAUGCUUACCAUUCAUAG